CAUAAUUAUCACAGCGCUAUAAAACAUGGCGGGCGAGUGUUUGGGUUUGUGUUUGUGUUUGUUGACAUAAAUCUCAGGGAUCUCAAGCCAGGCUCAAAGCCACACAAUGAAGUACCUGUUUCUCCUGGCUUUGGCCUCUGUGUGUCUGGCAGAAGACCAGGAAAUGGUGGAUGUACUGGUUGACCCUGAUGACGACACCGUGACCUACGCCCUCGGGGUCAUCGGGGACCUGAAGGGGGGUCUGACAUGUGAUUUUAUAAACUUUGAUACGGCUCAAGGUCGAAUGGAGGACGGCAUAUCCUUCACUUUGCAUUACGUCAUGAAUGUGAACUGUGCAGGGCAGGUCAGCAGGUGUGACGUAACAGUCCAGAUGCCCUGGGACCCCUCAGACACCCGCUUCACCGUGACGCAAGGGCCAUCUUGCGUGUAGUUCCUGGCCAAUGGCCACAAGCUCAGACAUCCAGUUCCUGUUGGCCACUCACAGAUCAAGGUCACUUAAGGCAGCAAAAGUUGAAUGAUAAUUCAAUCUUUUAUCGUCAUAUUAAAAUAAUCGAAAUGCAGUGGCGUAGCGAGGUCGGGUGUCACCCGGUGAGGCACUUAAUGUUGUCACCCCCAGAGGCGUAGCGACCCUUCCCGGGGACAAACUUUCAAUUUUCGAUUUGCCCCACCCCCCCUUCAAACUUUCGAUUUGUACCUUUUAAAAGACUAUUUAGCACUCGAAUUAAUCACUUAAUUAAGUGGAAUUAUCAUUUUUCUCUCUGUAUUUUGCUAAUUUUUGCCUUGGUGUCACCCCCCUAAAUGUUGUCACCCGGUGCGGUCCGCACCCCCCCCUCGCUACGCCACUGUCGAAAUGUAGGCGGUUUUAAAAUGUUAAUUACUUUAAAAAAAAAACAACAACGAUAGAUCCCCAUGCAUGAGAGAGGGCAGGUUUAGUGUAGCCUGUACUCAAACGUAGGGGAAGGAACUCAGUUCGGCGCACUAUUAGUGACAGAGUACGUUGAGAGAUCAUCCAAUAUGGCGGCUGUAAUACAUGCGUGAA